AUGUUUUGGAGAUUUGGCUUUCAUAAUGCAUCCUCCAUCGACAGCCUAUUAGACAAGGAUGACGUUUCGCUCGAGGCUAUAUUAGAUGAGGACGAUUUGCUACAAGAAUGCAAGUCACAAAACACGAGGCUUAUCGACUAUUUCCAACGGGUGGAUGUCUUGCAACGGCUGCUUGCGUAUGUGACUGGGCAGAUUGAAGGCGAGGAGAGGGGUCGGUUCAAAUAUCCAUAUGUCGCUACGGAAGUUCUCUGCAGUGAAAUAUGGUCAAUCGUAGAGACCUGUGUCAACCUAUCAGACCAGCUGUUGGCGCCCUUUUGGGAAACAGUUCUUGAUAGGUCGCCUGACGAUAUGAAAACACAAAUGGUCAUGGCCUCACAUUUUGCCAAGAUCAAUGCUGUCUUCCUCAGUAAAAAGCCGGCGGAGAUGCUGGCCUUUAUUCAAUCGCAACCUUCAGUGGUAGAGCGCAUACUGCAUCAUGUAGAGACCCCGUCUUUCGUCGAUCUGUUGGUACGCAUUAUACAGCUCGAUGAACACCCUAGUGGUGCAGGCGUACUGGAAUGGCUGUCCUCGGAAAAUCUCAUGGGUCGAUUGAUUGAGCUUCUAUCCCCAGCUCAUACCAGCGAUAUGCAUACAGUCGUAUCUGAACUCAUAAAAGGGAUCAUCUCAAUGGCUGCUCCUUCACCCGGUGCGGGUUUGACGGAAGGUCUGCAAAAUGGUCCCGCCUCAAAUCGCUUCGCUCGUGAACUUGCGCACAGAAAUAGUGUCUCAAAGCUAGUGGAUUACAUAUUGACUGAUUUCGGACCCUCGAACUCGGCCGGUGCUGGAAAGGUGUCAGGUCAAACGCUUGAAGAGUCUAUCCUCCUUAGCGAUGAACUUCCAGAUAUACAUUCGACGACAUCAUCAGUCGUACAUUCAAUCUCCAUUAUAAUUGAGCUGAUUCGAAAAAACAACUCAGACUACUUUGAGCCGUAUCUCUUCCACACGCUACGAAACCGCCUGAUCCAGGUACAGCAGCAAUUGCAGGGUCAUUCCGACAGUGCGCGAGAAACUUUGGAAAGGGCUAUGAAGGAGAUGGUCGACCGGAUGGGUGUUGUGCAUCUGGGGUCCGUCCUUGAUAUCAUGUGUGAGCGGUUAGAGGCUUUCCAAAAAUUCUUGCGUCAUCCGAGGUCUCUGGAGGGACAUGUCUCGACGACAGUUGGAUCAAUUGUACCGUUGACUUUCGAGCGGUACCGGAUCUGUGAAUUAUACGCCGAGCUUUUGCAUUGUUCCAACAUGUCUCUCUUGAAUCGUUCGUCGGAAUACAACUAUCUGUACGACGCAGAUGGCCGAUUACAAGGUGGCUUGUCAGCUCUAGAACAAUUGGCGCGCGUGAUCGCGAUAGGUUCUGGCGAUGAGAGGGACCAAGAGGCAAUGGAUGAUGGCGGCGAUGAAAUAGAACCAGCUCUAGAGCUGCCUGUAACGAACGCUUCGCCUUCUCUCCUGGAUUCUGACGAGGAUAUGAGCGAUGACGAGCCUGGAAGCUCAGAUGACGAUACGAUGGAAGAAAUCGCGAUGUACGACGAUCCUGUGAAAGACCACCCUGAUUGCCUCGAGGUUCCACUACAGCAACCACCAAUGAUAGUGCCCUCAUCGCCGAAUGCUGCUUCCCUCCCAUCUCCAGCUGAGAUCGCUGCUCAAGGCGCUGCUCUUUCGCAAAGAAACUUUGGCGGUUCUAGCUCAGAUUCUGACAGCCCAACUGCAAAACCCCCUUCGACGCAUUCUCGCCGCAGUUCGCGACGGAUGACUGCUCUUGAUACACCCUUGGAAAUGGUAUUACCUGUUGGUGAGAAAAUGAAGCAACGAUUCUUGGAGGCCAACGUCUUGUCAACAUUACUUGAUUUGUUCUUCGAGUUCCCGUGGAAUAAUUUUCUACACAGCGUAGUCUAUGAUUUAAUUCAUCAAAUCCUGACGGGUCGUGUGGAUGGAGGGUUGAAUCGGGAGUUGACCAUUGCACUAUUCAGAGAUGGUCGUUUGAUGGACCGCAUCGUUGAAGGGCAGAAACAAAAUGAUAUGGAGAGCUCUAAACCAAAAGGAGUCCGACUAGGAUACAUGGGUCAUCUGACCCUCAUUUCCGAGGACGUUAUAGGUGCUUUUGAGCACUACCCUCCGGAUCUUCGUCUCGUCAUUGCGCAAUAUGCGCCGCAGCCAGCUUGGGAUGAUUAUGUGACUGGCAGAUACAACGAGACUAAGAAGCGUGAUACCAGUCUUUUGGGGGGCGGAAAGCCGGCCGUUGGUGCUGGGGCUGCACGGAAUGGAGCCCGCUGGAAAGUCGACGAAGAAGAUAAUUCUACAGCGGCGACUACCGCCCCUGGUCAAGGAAAUGGGAGUAUUCUCGGAACCCCAGAAGCCAAGGGCGAGUUCAGAAGAGCUGUUGGUUUACGUCCAAUGCGCGAGACGAGCGCAGACUUUGGGCCUGCGUCGAUUGAGGCUGAUUCUGAGGAGCAUGAUACUGUAGGUCCUCCGCAGUUCGCGCGAUAUCUCGCACAGGAGAUACAAUCAUCGGAACACUUCGGUUCUUCCUCUGAUGAGGAAGAAGAAGAUGGGGGAUGGCUGGCCCACUCGACCUUUGACCUUGGCAAUCCCCCUCUUCCUUCUCGGCAUCAAUCUGAGGGACAGAUGCAACUUAGUAGCGCCUUCGAUGAUACUUAUAACUCCGGUAGUAGCUCCUCCCUUAAUGGUGCAUUAUCUGACGACCCAUUUGGGAUCGGUGACGAGGAUAACUUUGGUCCUUUCUCUGAUUCAGCUGCCGCAAAUGGUUCGGAUCCAUUCACCUUCUCUUCGUCGUUUUCCGAAGACAUGGAGGACAGUUCGUUCGAUAGCUUUGGAGACUUUGGAGAUUUCCAUUCAGCGCAAGAUGGAGAGCUAACGCCCACCGCUGGAAGCUGGACUUUGACCAGUGGGUCCGACGAUGCGGGAUCAGAAGGUUCUGCCAGCCCUCGAACCGAACGUUUUUCUUCCUCUUGGCGCUGGCUGCAAGCUUAAUAUAAUAAACCGCAGACGAGAUAUCCUGCCUCUGCCGCCGAUCUCGCUUCAACCACGUACUAAUACAAGCAACCUGCCUUUCUAGCCCCCAGUUGCUUCUCUCCUUCCACUCGGGGCAACAUACGUCUCUCUCCAACGCUGCCCGCUCAGUCUUGUCGCCACCCCACCUGACGAUUAUUAAUAUGGGUAGCAUAUUUGACAAUGAGUCCGUUUUCUUGGUUAUGCCUCUUCCUUUUUCUCAUUCCUCUUCUUGUGGCUUCUCAGCUCUUCAGAGAUUCAGUCAGAUGAUAUAUGGCAAAUCGCCCUCUUCAUCGCUUUCGGUCAGUAAUUUUAUUUCCUAUCAAAGCCGCCUUCUUAUACAUCCAUAUCAAGUCAUCGUUGUCCUGGCUGCUAUAAUCACUCUUGUCGCCGUCUCAGUACGCAAUCGAGCAAAAUCACGAGAACGCCUUUUGUAUAAGGAUUUAGAAGAGGCACGUUCUACACACAAGAAGAGGUCAUCACGUCGAUCAAAACACAAGCCUCGUCCAAUACAAAUCGAGGACCUUACCGUGCUUGAACCCGUUGCCGUUCGCGACAGGUCGUCGCAGGAGGAUAUACAUGAUCCUCCAAAUCGAUCACCACCAAUACCUUACAGACUGACCCCAUAUUUUACGAGCCGCUAACGAACGAGCCUUAUAAUCAUAUACUCACCAGUAUCGCGUGAUCGUUGUUCAGCCACAGGCGAGCACUUGUCUGCGUACAGAAUUAGACCCCUUUUGUUUGAAGGAAGCCCAUGGGGCAGAGCUUUAGUAGUAUCGCCACCGCUCAUCUGGAACGGUUCGAGUUCACGUUAUAGCACGUCUCUUUAUAAUUAUCGUAUAUCUCGCUGUCUGUAUAGCAUAUCCCUUGCACAUCGUGUAUCAUGUACCACAAGUAGCACAGAACUCUUCUUUCAGCUAAAUGUAUUUCCAGCAACCAUUCUCAGCUG